GGCAGCGGCACCCCAAGCUGAGGGCUGCUUAAGGCGGCAGCUGUGGGGUCCAGACCGCGCGGCCGUUGGGCGGCAGGUGGUCCUAUACCGCGGGCAGAGGGCCAGGCAGAGACACAUGCAGCUAGACGGCCCAGCACUGGAGGAUUUUCUGUAGGAGGCAGUGACGUGCACCAAGCUGGGAGAAUGGAAUGAAGUCAUUGGUGUGACAGACUCAGUCACCAGAGCUGGUUAGAUGAUCGGGCAGCUAACACACUGUUCACAGUUGCUGGACUGAGGCAUGAGCCUCCAGCUGCAUGGUCUGGCCCAGUAGCACGUGGUGGGGCUACAGUGUGUGCCUGCUCAUGGUUUGGGCCCUGCAGUGAUUGGAGCAGCCUAGGUUUCCACCAUGAUGAAGUUGUUAGUGGCCAAGAUCCUUUGUAUGGUGGGCGUGUUCUUCCUUAUGCUGCUGGGCUCUCUGCUCCCUGUGAAGAUCAUCGAGACGGAUUUUGAGAAGGCCCAUCGCUCGAAAAAGAUCCUCUCUCUCUGCAACACCUUUGGAGGCGGGGUCUUCCUGGCCACUUGCUUCAACGCUCUGCUGCCUGCUGUGAGGGAAAAGCUCCAGAAAGUUCUGAGCCUUGGGCACAUUAGCACCGACUACCCACUGGCGGAAACACUCAUGAUGCUGGGCUUCUUCCUGACGGUCCUCCUGGAGCAGAUGGUGCUGAACUUCCGUAAGGAGAGGCCAUCCUUCAUCGACCUGGAGACCUUCAAUGCUGGCUCAGAUGUGGGCAGCGACUCAGAGUAUGAGAGCCCCUUCAUGGGGGCUGCACGUGGCCAUGCACUCUAUGUGGAACCCCAUGGCCAUGGCCACAGCCUGAGCAUGCAGGGCCUGGCACACCCCAGCCCUGUGCGCCUGCUCAGCCUGGCUUUCGCCCUGUCAGCCCAUUCGGUCUUUGAAGGCUUGGCCCUGGGCCUGCAGGAGGAGGGCGGGAAGGUCGUGAGUCUGUUCUUAGGUGUGGCUGUCCAUGAGACAUUGGUGGCAGUGGCCCUGGGCAUCAGCAUGGCCAGGAGUGCCAUGCCCCUGAGGGAUGCAGCCAAGCUGGCGGUGGCUGUGAGCAUCACAAUCCCCUUGGGUGUGAGUGUGGGCCUGGGCAUCGAGAGCAGCCAGGGCAUGCCCAGCAGUGUGGCCUCUGUGCUGCUACAGGGCCUGGCAGGCGGCACCUUCCUCUUUGUCACCUUCUUUGAGAUCCUGGCCAAGGAGCUGGAGGAGAAGAGUGACCGCCUACUCAAGGUCCUCUUUCUGGUGCUGGGUUAUGCCGCCCUGGCUGGCAUGGUCUUCCUCAAGUGGUGAGUGUCUGUGCCAGUCCUCACCACCGCCACUCCACCAGGAGCCCUGGCUGGACCUGGGCCACAUCUGCAAGACAGAGCGAGUGCUGUGCCCCUGCUGCUGCUGCCUACGCGCAGGGACCUUGGACCAGGCUGCACCCCAGCCCCAUACCCCAAGCCUCAGGGCACUGCUCCUUUUUGAAAUACUCUUAAAAGUAUUUACCAAAGCUGCAUGGCUGUGAACCUUGGGCAGGGGAUCUUGUAACUCGGGGAAGUGGGCCUGGGCCAGGCUGGGUAGCUGUGUACCCCUAGCCUGCAGAUCAGGAUAGGGGCAUUUGUGCAGCUGUACCCAGAGCAGGAGCAGCACUGUCCACACCAUGGGAACUGGUUAGGAGGUUCCAAGGCCCAUAUCCACUGC